AUGGCUAAAGACCCCGUCAAGUCCAACUUGGACGUAGAUUAUGUCGUCUCCUUUCGCAUAGAUCCUAAAGACAAGGACGGUUCCGUCAGCCAGUUCAAGCAACUCAUCAGGGCACUCGCCGGAGUUGGCUUGACUACCGAAGUCCGCACGGGAGAUGAGACCUCUCUACUAGUCUUCAUAAAGGCAGCCGAUGAGCAAGUUCUUUCGAAUGUCGUCUAUCGUUCUCGUAUGAAGGACUGGCUCUACGGCAUUCGCCAAGUCCAGCCUGUCCAAGAUACAGUCUCCGCCUUGACUAACGAGCCUUUAACUGACGCUGAGCGACAUCGUCAUAUCUAUCAGAUGAUCACCGCUCUGCCCGAAGAUGGUGGCGCAGGUGUUACGCCCAACUCCGGAGAAUGGAAGAGGGUUGAAGCUGUUUUCCCACUCCAUGACCACGCCAGGAAUAAAAAAUGGCUGUCGGAAUUCUCACGAAAGACUUUCCUCUCGCCUGAAGACCUUGACGAUAUCAAGGACGCCGUUGGUGAGCAGAUUGGUUUCUACUACGCAUUCCUCCAGUCCUACUUCACCUUCAUGAUUUUCCCGGCCGCUUUUGGAUUUUCAUGCUGGGUACUACUUGGCAGCUUCUCUCCCGUCUACGGCAUUGUCAACGUGGUCUGGUGCCUGGUGUUUGUCGAGUACUGGAAGCGUCAAGAGCAGGAGCUCUCGAUUCGCUGGGGCGUCAAAAACGUUUCGGUCAUCCAGGAUAAACGACGCGACUUCGAACCUGAAAAGGUCAUCACUGAUAGCAUCACCGGGGAGAAGAGACCAUAUUUCUCGGCCAAGACGCGACUCUAUCGUCAGCUCCUGCAAAUACCUCUCGCCUUCCUCUGCUUCGUUGGCCUCGGUACCAUUAUCAUCACCUGCUACUCCAUUGAGAUCUUCAUCUCCGAGGUGUACGAUGGGCCAUUCAAAUCUGUCCUCACAUUCACUCCUGUCAUUCUUCUCACACUCGCCGUACCACCGAUGUCUGCAUUUCUCACUUCCUUCGCCGAACGGCUCACUUUCUAUGAAAACUACGAAACCAAAGACGCUCACGACAAAGCCAUGGUCAGCAAAGUCUUCGUCAUCAACUUCAUCACCUCCUAUACUGCAAUAUUCCUCACCGCCUUCGUCUACGUUCCCUUUGCUACAAUCUUGGUACCUUACCUCGACAUUUUCGGUCUCACCAUGAAGCCUUUCGCUGAGAACGAUGCUCAGCUGAAGACACCAGCACCUCAAACCUUCAACAUCAAUCCCAAUCGCCUCAAAAAUCAGAUGAUCUAUUUUGCUGUCACAGCGCAAAUUGUGAACUUCGCCACCGAAACAAUCCUUCCACUAGUCACGCAGAAAGGGCAACAGAAGUACAAAGAGAUGUCCAAUUCCCGCGCCACUCGCCACGGCGGUGCCUCACCGCUUCCCGACGAGAAUGACGCCCCGGAGGAGCGUGACUUUCUGCGCCGCGUCCGCCAUGAGGCCGCCCUGCCCGAGUACGACGUCACCUCCGAUCUACGCGAGAUGUGCAUCCAAUUUGGUUACCUCUCCCUAUUCAGCGUCGUCUGGCCCCUCACGCCGGUCAGCUAUUUCAUCAACAAUUGGAUCGAGCUCCGUGGGGACACUUUCAAGCUCACUACAGAAAGCAAGCGACCAAACCCGGCUAGGGCAGAUUCGAUUGGGCCUUGGUUGAGCAGCCUCGAAUUUCUUGCUUGGUUAGGAAGCAUCACCACGGCGGCGCUCUGCUACAUGUUUAGCGGCAGCGAGGACGGACUGGGACCCGAUGGCCGUCCACAUCUCAUCAAAGGCUGGGCGCUGCUUCUCUGCAUCUUCUGCUCGGAGCACAUUUUCCUCGUCGCCAGGCUCGCGGUGCGCACCGCCUUUGGCAAGCUCGAUUCGGCGAAUAUGCGCAAGGAGCGCAGCGAGCGCUUCAUGGUCCGUCGCAAGUUUCUGGAAGAGGCUGGCCUGGGACACGCGGUGAAACCGCUGGGCGGUAACGGCAGUGGCCCAAAUAGCCCGCUGCGAGCCGUCGCCGAGGAGCAAGGCACGGCUGCGCUGGGGGACAUCACGAGAGCCACGCUGGAAGAGGAUGCGCGUUCUGAAACGUUGACCGAGGGCGGAGACCCGGAGAGCAUGCGGUUCUGGCGUCGGCAGCGUGGCUGGCGCGAAGCGGAGAGGGUGGGCGUCGGAUUGAUGGGGGAUCUGGACUGGGAGGGGAAGAAGGAAAAGUAA